AAUGAACGCCUAUCCGGUCUGCUCUUGGCCUUGAUUCUCCUGCUUCUGCGCGGGUGCUCACGGAUUGGUUCACAUUUGUGCGUCGUUUACGUGCCGGCCUGUUACAAGGUGUGUGGGUCAGUAGAGAUAUAGGUUGGCCAUGAAGCGGGGAUUUACGAUUGCCGUUGUGGCGGUCCUGUCGUGGCUUCAUCAGACGGUGUACAGCGGACGAGUUGUCAUGUACGACGCGUGUCUAAACGCCAACCCGAUGUCCCCGGCCUUCCUCUUAGAGUGUGGUGGCGACGGCGUGAUUGUUGACGUACAGUACGUCGCCGGGACUGGGCUGUGCAAUAAAACUGAAUGCGAAGGAGAGUCUGCGUCACUGCUCCGGGACGCUAACAACUGUCACUGGAAGAUAAAAUGUCACCUGUCUCCCGGAACCCCAGCACAGCGGAUAGUGCGCUCCGGCGGCACAUGUCACUUGGCAGAGCUAAGCUUCCUCCGCAUUAAAGGCUACAGAUGCUUCUAUCCGGAAUACGACACACACAACGAAAAAUCGAGCAACAUCAUCGAUAUUUGUCACAAUGGAGCAAUCAGCAGAACGUCCGGUAUCAUUCACAGUCACGCGCAAUACCCAUGGCAUUACCCAGCCAGUCCCGGGAAGUGCACGUUGUCUCUUGUUGUUCACGAAAGGACGCGGCUCUACGUGUCCGCUCUCGAUGACGUAGAUGUCGGCGAGAAUGACAUCAUAAAGUUGACGUCACAGUCAUCGAUGGAUUUGACGCACGCAAAAAGCAGCGACGGAGCGCUACUGGUGUCCAAUGUGAGUGACACUAAUGUGACCUUCAUCUUUGAGAUCAGGGAAUACUCCAAUUCCGGAAGAGGAUUUUCAUUCUGUUUCAAAUUUUCGAACAAAACGAUCACUGGGAACGUCUGUGACGAGAUUACAGCGCGUGGUGAUCUAACAAUAAGCGAAGGUAAUGACGUCGGCGUUGACGUAAGCAGUUCUGUGCCCCAGUUGAUGACGACGGAUUAUAAGAAAUCGACUGAAAAGCCAAGUUGCACAAAGAGAUGUAAGAAAAGAUGUUGUCAACGAAAAUGCAAGAACACGGCCAGAGGCAAAACACGCCAUACGCACGCUAAAAAGUGCGUAAAACGGUGCAUCCGAAAACAUCUAUGCGACUGAAAUCGGAUUGUAAGAAUACACGGUGCCUAAAACUGUAAAGAACAUCAGUCAAGUUGUUGACUGCUGUACAUUCUGUUGUUGUGACUGCUGUUAUAUGUAGUUUAUGCAUAUGAGUCGUGUUCUGAGAAAACUGGGCUUAAUGCAUGCGCGUAAACUGUCAUCCCAGAUUAGCCUGUGCAGUCCGCACAGGCUUUUCAGGGACGACACUUUCCGCUUUUAUGGUAUUUUUAGUUUCAAUGAAGUCCCUCCUUACCGAAAAUAAAGUUUAGGCGGAAAGUUUCGUCCCUGAUUAGCCUGUGUGGACUGCACAGGCUAAUCUGGGACGACACUUUACGCACAUGCAUUACGCCCAGUUUUCUCAGAACACGACUCAUAUUACUUUACUCGUCAUGCACCGUUUAACGUUUGAAUAUCCGCAUGUUUCAGCAGUUGGUCUUAACCUAUUUAUGCCUAGUAGACUCUCCCAUCCUUCAACAUUGGAUCAAUUUAUUUCCAAAAUUAGGGAUUUCUAGUAUAUUUAUUUCUAAAUUUAGAAUAUUUCUUACAUAAAUUCCUGUAAGCAAACAGCGUAGACCCAGAUUAGACGCCGCAUCAUGCGGCGUCUCAUCUGGGUCUACGCUGUUUGCCAAUGCCUUUGCUCUAGACGCUAGGCAUAAAUGGUUUGAGAAUAAAAUAACAUUCAUUUCUUACCUCAAAGAGUAAACUGUUAAAAUAACAGAUGGUCAUACAAAUCAUGCAUGAAGCUUCAAAAUAAAUGCUAGAGAAUAACAACAACACUAUACAGAUGAUAUAUCUGAUAUCGGAAAAGCGUGUGCUUGAAUGGAAUACCGAUAUGUCAUUUGAAAAGGCCCCGGAGGGGAAAGUGCUUUAAAAAAUAUCCGACUUUGACAAAAAUAAUGAUCGUAUAUAAUAAGUUAAUAACGGAUGCAUUUUGCUAUAUGUAAUAAGCACAUAUAUGAUACAUUAUGCGACAAAACAGAUAAUAUGGGGCCUGUUUGUUUGGAACUUUUCAUUAGUAAUUGUGUUUGUUAAUAUCAUUAAGUCUGGAACUGGUCGAACAGUAGGUAGAUCGGUAGGCGUGUUUCUAGAGCAAUAUGUGGCGGACCUACAACCUUGAAAAUUAGUAUAAUUUGUACAGUUGGUUCUUUGUAGAAAAGAAAGACGUUUAUUGAUAUGAAAUAAACAAGUCAAAGAAAAAUGUCACACGAGCUUGUAAAUGUAAAUUUGUUACCGCAAUACAUCUUGUGAAUGCUUUGACCUAAGAUCAUCAAAUUUGGUACAUAGCAAUAUAUUUAUUUUGAUUAAACAUAAGAAUUCACAACAAAUGUGAAUUUAAUACGAUAAUUUAAUACCAAUGUUAAAAUUUUUCUUGUGUUUGGUAAUAAUAUAUUGAAUUGUAUUGGUAAAAUAACAUUUUUAUAUAUGAU